ACGUAUUUCUUUUGUAUUAUUUUUCUUAAUUUGAAUUUAAUUCUUCCUCCAUUUCUUGUCGAUUUAUAAUUAAUAUAUUUUUGUUCGAAAUAUGACUUCUUACGUAAAUACUAGAUCCUCCAUUAAGGGACGUUUAACUAAAUUUAAGAAUUAUAUCAAUAAUCUUUUCAAUAGCGAUCAUAUUUCAUCGCAAGAAAUGGACGAACUUGCAUUGAGGUUGGAUCGUUUUCGUGCAUUGUUCACGCAGUUCGACGAUGUGCAAACGCGCAUCGAAAUUGAGAAUCCAACCUCGAUGGAAGCCGAAAUUGAUGCAAGGGAUGAAAUUGAACAAGAUUUUAUUUCUCUAAUAGCCAGCGCCCAAAAGUUACUUGAUAAGAAUAACUGUGAGCUAGCAAGUGUAAAGUCCGAAAAUCAAGCGCAUUGCGGUCAUCAAAGUAACGAAAUCAAUUUUAGAUUACCUUUGAUAAAUAUAGGAAAUUUUGAUGGCUCUUAUUUUAAAUGGCUUGAGUUUCGCGAUACCUUUGAAUCGCUUAUUCACAAUAACGAGCGCAUCAAGUCCAUUCAUAAAUUUCAUUAUUUGAACUCGUACUUAGAAGGUGAAGCAGCUCAAGUUAUAAGCAAUUUAGAGGUUACCGAUUGCAAUUAUAUCGUAGCUUGGCGUCUCCUUUGCGAGAGAUAUAACAACAAAAGACAAUUAAUUUUUAACCAUUUAAAUUCUUUGUUUAAUCUACAACCUAUAGGCCGAGAGUCGGCGAAAUCUUUACGUUACCUAGUUGAUCAUGUAUCUAAAAAUCUGCGCGCCUUAAAUACAUUGGGGCAGCCCACUGAUCAUUGGGAUACUUUAAUUAUACAUAUGGUUUCGGCUAAGCUCGACAAUAAUACUAAUUUGAAGUGGGAAGAAUUUAAAAAUACUUCUUUCAACGAUGAUAAAAUGCCAUCAUUAUUUGAUUUUAAUAAAUUUUUAAAGGGACGUGCUGACGUUUUAGAAUCAGUACAGCGCAAUAAAUUGGAUAAAUCGUUUAAUAAUAACAAUAGUAAGCAGGAACCCUUUGUUUCUCAUAAAAGGUCAGACAAGCCCGUAAACAUGAAAACUUUCACAAUUUCAGCCGCUCCCGUUGCUUCUUCUUUCCCAUCGGCUUCGUGUGUCUUUUGCAACGGUGGUCAUCGCAUUUACGACUGUUCUUCGUUCCGGUCCUUGAGCGUCGAGGAUCGAAUCGCCGGCGCCGCUCGAUUGAAGCUCUGCCUCAACUGGAGGUUACUCAGGCUGUAA